AUGUCCGCGGCUCCCUCCAGCAAUGGCGUGUUUGUCGUCAUCCCACCCAGCAACACCAGCGGCCUCCGCCCGCCCCCAGCCAUCCUGCCCACCUCCCUGCGCCAGCCUCCGGGGAUCAUGCAGUACGAGGAGCCGCCGCUGGGGGCGCAGACACCGCGGGUCACCCAGCCACCAGACCUGCGACCCGGGGAGACAUUCCUGACGGGAGAGCCCAAGGCUUUGGGGACCGUCCAGAUUCUCAUCGGCCUUAUCCACCUGGGCUUCGGCGGCGUGCUGCUCAUGGUCCGCCGCGGCCACGUGGGGAUGCUCUUCAUCGAAGGCGGCGUCCCCUUCUGGGGAGGAGCCUGCUUCAUCAUCUCGGGGUCCCUCUCAGUGGCAGCCGAGAAGAACCACACCAGUUACCUGGUGAGGAGCAGUCUGGGGACCAACAUUCUCAGCGCCGUGGUGGCCUUUGCAGGGACGGCCAUUCUGCUCAUGGAUUUUGGUGUCACUAACUGGGAUGUAGGCAGGGGCUAUCUGGCCGUGCUUACCAUCUUCACCAUACUGGAGUUCUUCAUUGCGGUCAUUGCCACCCACUUUGGGUGCCAAGCCACUCGCGCCCAAGCCCACACGCCUGUGAUUUUCCUGCCGAACGCCUUCGGCACAGACUUCAACAUCCCCAGCCCCGCAGCUUCUCCUCCCCCCGCCUACGAUAAUGUGGCAUAUAUACCCAAGGAGCCUUCAGAGUAG